UUAUUUGGACUUAGUAAAUUUUACUGAAGAACAUUUUAAUAAACCACAUAGAAUAUUUCAUCAGUCUAUAUUUAUUUAAUAACAACCCUGUCAACAUCUUUAUCAUCAACGCAAGUGGCCUUGCGUCCUACAAAAACAUAAUAUACUCGUGGUUAAACGGCUAUCAGAAUAUUACUCUGACCAGCCCUAACGACGAGAAUAUUACACUGGCGCAGUCGAGUACGGAACUUUCAAGGAGUUAGAGACGAGUCAAGCAGUCAACGCGGCGAAUUUCAACUUCUGGGGUCGAGGCGAGCAGUCAAGUCAACUUCAGAGGUCAAGUUCCGGUGCAGCGACUACUAUCAACGUUUCAACUCCACGGAGGCAGCUCACACGAGUCAACGUCGAGGACCGAUCACCCUUGGCAACUCCGGAGAGAAAGAACAAAUCAGGACAGCAAAGGCAUAUACAGUAGACAGGAUGGCCCAAGUACCAAGAGCGGCAGUAUUGAAUAAAAAUCUAUUGUUUUGUGCCAAUUUGGACAUUGCAAUUUUACAUGGGGAACACGAUACAACUUCAGUAGGCGGCGGAAAUGUACCAAAUUGUUUACCUGGACAUAUAGAAGUAGCGAAUAAUCAUCUUAUCGAACCAUUUUCGGAAAAUGAAAUCAAACGUAUUACACAAAGCAUUGUGACCUUUCUAUACGAUAUGUCAAAAAGGAAAGGGAAACUAGGUACUCAGUGUUGUAAGGAUCUGGUCGAGUAUAUGGAUUACGUGCCAGAGCCUGAAAUAUUAUUGAAUUAUACAGACGAAUUUAUGAAAUAAGAUAUUGAAAGUAUAGAAUAAUUAUUAGUGAUGUAAAAUUAAUGUAGGAACUAGAAUAAAAAUAGUUAAGAGUUAGUUAAGAAAAAAAGCAGUGAAUAACGAGGUAAUACAGUUUCUAGUAGACGUAUAUAUAUCAUAUAUAAAUAAACACUAUUUUUUCAUUUUUUUUAUAUUUUUUUUGUGUAGUUAAUAAUAAUAAUCAGUAAACACUAACAAGUAGAAGAUGGUAGAAGUAGUUAGUACAAUUAACUAAUAUAAAGACGAAAUACGAGUCACUAAUACAACCAUAUAAUUGUAGGAACGAGGAAAUUAACACAAUUUUAACAGCGGAUACAACCGGUAAGAAAAGGUUGGUGCGGUUCAGUGGCGAGGAGGAGCCAAUAUUUGAACUGGUGUUGACUGUGCGAGCAGGGGGUCGGUUAUUGGUGGUGGUACUGAUGAAGGCGGGGGAGUACGUGAUGGAAAAACAGUUAUUCCAUUUUAAUGGUCCGGAACCUUUUAUAUACCAUCCGAAACAUACAUUCAGAAUGUUAAUAAAUCAUCAGUGUAGGGGUAUACAGUAUACUCCUACAAAAACAUUUCUGGACGGACAACUGAGAAUCAUAUGUGAGUGGUUGUUAAGUGAGUUCAGGAAUCCCUAUGCCGAAGGAGUUUCGAGUAGGCCGUUCAGGUACCACCUCGAUAUGGAUCGACCACUGUUGGUACACGACACGCCACGGAGAAUAGGUGUGGCGAGCAUAAUAUUUAAUAGAAUAGAACCACCAAUGCCCACAGGGGAAGAAAAUACAGAUCAAUUGGAAGCGGACGCAAGACUAGCUGACAGAGUUAUAAACGAGUUUUUUCCGUUAAAUAAUGAUAUAAACAUAGAGGCGUGGUUAAAUUUUAAAAAUACACAAAUGUAUAGGGCAGCAUGGUUGAAAAAUAAUAAUAGUAAUAAUAAUAAUAAUAACAAUAAUAACCAUAACCAUAGUCAUGGGAUAGGUAGAAGUAGCAGACUGAGAAAUAUAAAUAAUUUUAGUUUAAGUGAAAUUAGUUUAGAUGAUAUAGUACCGAAUAAUAUACUUACCGAUAGAGAUGAAUUAGAAAUAGUUAAUAGAACUUAUAGACAUAUUAGAUUUUCGGAUAUUGAUAGUGAUAGCGAUUAAAAUGAAAAAAAAAAAAAAUGGAAAAAAAAAAUAUAUAUAGGUUAAUUAUGUGUAGAGAAAUACCUCGUUGAUGUUGGUUGUUGCCAGUGAGUAUACAGUGAGUGUUGCGACCAUAUUCUAAUCGAACAAGCAACCACCGGAACUCGCUGUUAACAAAACCGUAUAUCAACUGGUAAAUUUCAAACACAGGGCGGGAACAAUACUAGUACUCGCAAGGUAAUACACUUAAUGAAUAGAGAUAAUUAAA